AAAUUGUGAUGUUUUUGUUUUUAUAGUUAGAAAAUGUGUAUUAAUCUCUCCAAUUUCCAAAUUUUACGUGUUUCCAAACGUAUAUGUGAUAUAGGUGUCUAGUGCAGAAUGUGAUAGAUUGCUUUCAUACUUGUUAUAAAUCGCACAAGAAGAGUAUGCUUAUUCAAAUGCAUGAUAUUCUACUGAUGUUUGUCCUUCUGAAAUUUGUGGUUAACUGUGAUAACUCUUGGAAAGGCUCCUCGCCAAAUGUUGGCACUGUCAUAUUCAACAAAAAAGAUUUGAACGGUGCAAAGUGUUGGAGUAGAGAAGAAAUAUCCGUUCUCUAUGCUAGGAGCAGAGUUCAGACUCUCCUGCCUAAUCGCAUGAUUGGUUCAGUUGAGGAUACAAUUGAGUAUCUGGUAAUGUGCUUUGAAACCUCACAAAGUUUGAUCAGCUCAAAGUCAACCUACAUGUUUAUUAUUGAUGCUUUGUCAGAUACAUUUGGAGGCUACAUGCAGGUUUAUGGUCUGCCUUUGACAAAGAAGUUGUUCUACGAGGGAAAUAUCAGUGUAGGCACAGCCAUGGACGCAUUCCAGUUCCAAGAAGAUAUUAAAGAAUCACUGAAUACAGAUGGCAGAGGUUGGGUUGAGCCUAUCAAGAUCAAGGAUGAUGUAUGUCCGGCAAAGGCGUUUGAUCUACAAUGUAGAAGCGAGGUGGGCUAUUGUGAUCAAAUCUAUAUGAACGAUAGAACAUGCAGCGAUGGAAAUGAUACAGAAUGUCAACGAAUCUCCAACAUUCCAAUGCCAAUGGUGGAUGCACGACUUGAUCCUCAAGUUGUUGCAUUCCCUAUCAAAAAUAUGACAAUGUGUAGUCUAUCUGGACCAUCUUCUAAUGGAGCAGUAAUGGGUUACUAUGUGAUGAGCAUGUGUUGCAUCAAAGAAAUAUCUUCGAGAACUGAGUUGGGUUGCAGAAACGAGACAGAAACCUGGAAUAAGAGUUUCAAAGGUUGGUUGGAAAGGACAUUCAUUGGGCAUUUGGAUGAUCAGGUGUUGUACCCGGCUUUCGGCGGGGUUUUACAAAUAGUGAGACGAGUGAACAUGGACAUUUGCUUUGGAGAAACUGUUUCACAGGGGGGACAAACCUCAACUAAUGAGAAUGCUGAGAAAGAAACUAACCGUCUUUACAGAAGAUUCAUCCGUCCACUUUUGAUAAUGCUUCUAAUUGUGGGGCUGUGCUACUUGCUGCUUCGUGCAUGUUUCUGUUGUUUGCCUUGCGCGUGUCCCACCUACGACUCCGAUGAUCCCGAGAGUCGUCCCCUGAAGGGCGCACUGUCUGCAACAGCAUUCUGCUGCAGUGAGAGCGCCUCCACAGAAGAAAUUGAAAACGAUCCGUACAAAACUUGUGACAUUUGUGGUCUAAGGCAGAGAUCUGAUCCUCAAAUCUAUGGUAAACGUGAUGGCGCUUAUCGUCAUUCAUGAGAAAACUACAAUGAGUUGAUGAUGAAAAAUACCUGGAAAAUAUUAUGUCAAACGUGAGAGUGCUUCUCUUUUUCAUAUAAAUUCAACUUGUAUUGAGAGAGGAAGCAGUACGAGGACAAUGAGAAUAAAUCGAUUCAUAAAUUUAUUUUGAAAUUUAUAAUUGAUUUCAGAACAAAAUCAACAAGAUAAAUGUGGAAAAUCAUAUAAAAUAAUUUUAAUAUUAUGUUAAUCAAUUACUGAUUGAUAUACUUAUAUUAAACAUAUAUCACUCAUCGAUAUACUUGAUAUUGAGUUCAUUAUACCCAUUAUAAGAGUUCUUUAUAAAAAAUAUGACAGAUGAGAUCUAAAGAAAAGUACACAAGAAUAACUACUUCAGAUAUAACGUCUCUGCUAAGCGAUCAAUAAAUGGAUGUUCAAAUAAAUCAUUUACUGUUCUAAACGUAACAAUAAUGUUAAAAACGUAUUAUUCUACUCUAUCUAGUUGAUUGCAUCAACUGAAUAAGGACUACUCACACUGAGUUGAAAGAGAAUCUUACUUUAUAAUUAACUUUUAGCAAAAUUAUUGAAAUUGUCAAUUUUAUAAGGAUAACAUUCAUUAUGACUCUGUCAAAAGUCAUGGAACAAUCAAUUCACUAUAUUCCACUUAGCUUG